UUUAUAUAUUUAGUUAUAGAUAGUAUUCACACUGCUCAGUUAAUAAUUUAAUAAAUCAGCAUAAUUGCAAUAAUUAUUAAUAUUUGUUACCGAAUCUCGUUCAGCCCGUUAUGGUUAUCUUGUGAAUCCACUGGACAACACCAUGCACAACAACAAGAUGAAUGAUAAAAUAUCGUUUUCGUUCAACUCCGGUGGACGGUCUUCGUCGUCCCGGUCAGUAGCCAUACCUCCACCAGCAAACAGCGGGCUCAGUAAGCAGGGCUACUCCACUUUGAACGCCAUAAACCAUUCGGCAAUCUCAAACACAUGGGGUGUGCCGAAGAAACGAGCAAAAACCGAAGAAGAGUAUUUCGAAGACGAAGAUGAACAGCAACAGUCUCAACUCGAGUACAUUCCUGCACCCGAUAGUCCAUCUAAUAAAAAAUCUGACUGCGAUUCUGAUUCAUCUGAGGACCCAUUAGAUGCUUUCAUGGAAGGAUUAGAAAAAGAAGUAAAAAAAGCAAAAACCUCUGGAAAAAAAGAAAAAAAGGAAGAUGAAAAAGGUAUUAGACAAGAUAUUGAAGAAGAGGACAUAGAAGAAUCAUACUACAGGUAUAUGGAAGAAAAUCCAACCGCGGGUCUCGUUGAUGAAACUUCAGACAUAGAAAUUGAUUAUGAUGAAGAUGGUAAUCCCAUAGCACCGCCAAAGAAAAAAGAAAUAGACCCAUUACCUCCCAUUGAUCAUUCUUUAAUCAAAUACAAAAGCUUUGAAAAAAACUUUUACACUCCACACAAUGAAAUAUCAUCUUUAACUGUGGAUAAAGUUAUUCAAUUACGUAAGACUCUUGGUCUCCGAGUAAAUGGAGCCGAUUUACCUUAUCCAGUCACAUCAUUUGCUCAUUUUAAUUUUGAUGACGCCUUGAUGAAAAUUAUUCGCAAGUCCGACUAUGUACAACCCACACCGAUUCAAAGUCAAGCAGUUCCUGCUGCGCUUGCAGGUGACCGGGAAAAGUGUUCUAUUGAUGAUUGCUUACAAGUAGGGGAGACCGGAGCUAGUUGGGUACCGGGGCAAGAUGGCAAAGUCGAUUUUUCAAAUCGAGUAUUCGAGCUGGACAUUCUAUAA